UUAUUUCUUUCUAGUUUCCACUCUGCGACUUUUCCUUUCCUUGAUGAGGACUUUUCUUUUCCUUUCCAGUUUCCACUUGCAACGAAGCUCUCAGUCUCGGUUCUCAACUCUAUCGUUCUCAAUCUUCACCGCGACGCCAUCUCGUUCGUUUGCUGUCACCAACCAACUCAACGUCGUCGGCCGCGGCUCAGUGAGCGACCAUCUUCUCUCUGAUUUCUCUCUCUUUAUCUGUUGAAGUUUGCGCGAUUGGGGUUUAGUUCUGCACUAGGGUUACUCUUGGUUUGCUAGUGUUGCCAACGCGGUUGUUAUUGGUUAAUUCCAUAGCCUACUCUUGGUCUGCUAGUGUUGUCGAUGCAAUUGUUGUCGGUUUAGUUUGGGGUUAGGGCUUCUUUCUCUUGGUCUGUUAGUGCUACCGAAUGCCAACGAGAUUGACAGUGCUGUUGUGUCUUCCCCUAGCCUGUGAGUGUGCAGUGUCCAUCUGCCGAUGAGAUUGGUGGUGGUGAUGGUGUCGUGUCUUCCCUUGGCCUGUGAGUGUGUUGUGUCCAAUGUGAAGCCACGGAGAACAAGCAAAGAAAGGAAACAAAGUCUUUCGUCUUUAGUCAUGAGGAGGAUUAUGUUGCGAACUUCUUGAACAGCAACCUAGAUCCUUGGCCUACUAGUCGUUGCAUCGGUUUCAGCCUUCUGUGUAGUUCUCUUGUAGUCUUGUGUGCUUUGGCUACAAUUUGGUUGAUCAAAAGGAAACAUAUCAGAGUGUUGUUUGCUUGACGUAUCAAGAAUUCAAGAUAACAUGUCAAUGGAGGUUGAGGGAUGUAAGGAUGUGAGUCCGAUCACAGAAUUGGAAUUGUCGGGCAAUGAAAAUGAAGAAGAGCCAUCCCUUGGCAUGAGUGCGACAAACAAGGUACUUGGUUCUCGUCUUCCUCCUCGUGAUAAAAAAUAUACAUCCGAAUGUUGGAAUCAUUAUGCAAGAAUCAAAGAUGGGGAUGGAAAAACAUAUGAGGUGAAAUGCAUUCAUUGUGGGUCUGUGUUUAUGUAUUGUGUUGCUAACGGUACUUCCGCAAUGACAAAGCACUUGACAACAUGCAAGAAGUUUCCUCGCACUGUAGAUAAGAGGCAGAAAUUUUUUGCACCACGUAAUGUAGAUGUGGCUAGCAAGGCAGGGGGAAAUUCUAGUACUGGUAGUGUCUUAUCGACAUGGUCUUUUAAUCAAGAACGUUGUAGACAAAUGCUUGCUCGAUUCAUCAUAGUUGAUGAACUACCUUUUUUCUUGGUUGAGCGUGUUGGAUUUCGUGAGUUUGUCACAGAGUUACAACCUCUCUUUAAACAUUUAUCACGUUUUACGGUGGCUAAAGAUUGUAUGAAGCUGUAUUUUUGUGAAAGAACUUGUUUGAAGACUUACUUUGGUAAGAUUAAUUCUAGGAUCGCACUCACGACCGAUACAUGGACUUCCAUUCAAAUCCUAAAUUAUUUGUGUCUCACUGCACAUUUUAUUGAUGAAAAUUGGAAAUUGCAUAAAAGAAUCAUCAAUUUUGUGGUGAUGCAUAGUCACAAGGGUAGAGAGAUUGGGAAAAUGGUGGAGAAAUGCAUCAACGAGUGGGGAAUAGAAAAAAAAGGUGUCCACAAUCACCGUGGAUAAUGCUAGUUCAAAUGACGUUGCAAUUGAUUGUUUAAAGGAAAGACUUUCAAGAGAAAGGUUGUUGAUCUUAGAUGGUAGUGUUUUACACAUGAGGUGCACCGCUCAUAUAUUAAACUUGAUGGUGAGAGAUGGCUUGACUAGGUAUGGGAAUCUAUUGCACGUAUCCGAAAUGUGGUUAGGUAUGUGAGGAGUUCUCCCAUGAGAGCCAACAUAUUUAAAUCUUGCAUUGAUGGUGAAAAGACUACUUACGAGGGUUCGGUUAUUCUUGACGUCACCACGAGAUGGAACUCCACUUACCUCAUGUUAGACACCACCAUAAAGUUUAGAAAAGCUUUUGAAAGGAUCGAAGAAGACGAUCCAUCUUUUGCCGGUGAGCUUAACCAUGAUCUUCCUAAAGAUGAUGAUUGGGAAAAUGCCAUUAUUCUUUCGGAAUUUCUAAAACUAUUCUAUGAUACCACUAAUCGGAUGUCAGGGAGUUCAUAUAUUACCUCAAAUGAUUAUUUUGAAGGGAUAGCUCUUUUGUAUAAAUAUUCGAAAGAUGCGGUGGAUGCUUCGAAUCCUAAGCUUCAAGUUAUGGGUAUGAAAAUGAAAGAGAAAUUUGAUAAAUACUAUGGGAGUUUGGAUAAAGUGAAUAUGUUGGUGUCGAUUGCGGUUGUAUUGGAUCCUAGAGCCAAGUUGAGUUAUGUGAAUUUUUUGUAUGGACAAAUUUAUGAUGAUGAAUCGAAAGUUAAUGAGAUGCAUUACAAGGUGAAGGACGCAUUGGAGCGUUUAUAUGAAUUUUAUGAGCAAUCUUCUCUUGCUUCAAGUAAUCGAAAUUUUGGUGCCCAAAGUUUGAGUGCUAGUUGUAGUGGUUCCAAUGCCAAUGCUGGUGGUAGCGAAGGUAACAAGAUCAAGAAGUAUGACAUCCAAGCUUGGCGGAGAACCUUUAUGCACUCGAACCAACAAGUGUGCAAUGACAACAAAUCUGAUCUUGAUCAAUAUCUUGAAGAUGAAAAUGAAAAUAUUCUUGAUCUUGAUCUUUUGAUGUGGUGAAAGACUAGUGGCUCAAAAUAUAAGAUCCUAUCUUUGA